CGCAAGUCAAUUUUGUGCAGCGUUGUACCGACUUUCAAACGUGUUACAACAACGAAAUGAAAAUGGCAAAAAUGAUUUUUCUGAUUUUCGUUGUUGGUUUUCUUUCGAUGGCUACUCUUGGUGAAGCGAUCUGUUGUGAUUCGAUAAAGUCACUAGUGGAGGAGAAGAUUGAAGCGAACAAAACAUUAUGCGGUGCUGGAAGCACACUUCCUCCUCAGUGUUGCAGAGAUAUUGCAAAUAUGGUUAGACGAUAUGUUGAUGCAUAUGAAGCAUUAUGUUUGAAUAAUAGUAAGUAUUAGUAAAGUCUUUAUUUGCAUGUGUAAGAUGAUAAUAUCAGUCUGAGAUGAUAAUUGGUCAAUACAUUUUUUAUCGCAAUAUAACGCAAUGAUUCAAUCAAGGUGUCAUUUGACAGCCAAAAGCCUGAUCUUUAUACAUACGAAAACAGAAAACGUAUAAACGUAAUAAUAAACACCAGAAAUAGAGCCAUAUAUUUCUGCAGUGUAAUGGCAAAUUAUCUAUUUUAUUUAAGCUUCAUGUACAGAUCCCAAACCAUUAGGAAUGACAAGUGGUAAAAUACCUGAUGAUGCAAUCACGGCGUCAUCUGUUGAUUCCAGCAAUUACAAACCUAGCUAUGCAAGACUGACAAAGGCAGGUUCUAGCUGCUCUUGGGCACCUACUAGAGCAGGGCAAAUCGGCUCGUGGCUUCAGGUUGAUCUGGGACAACUCAGCACAGUGACAGGAAUAGCAACUCAGGGAAUAUGCUCUUCCGCCAAUCAAUGGGUAAAGUCGUACUCGGUUUCAUACAGCAAUGUACCCAAUUCAUGGACGCCUUACAAAGAAUCGGGGAAUGUAAAGGUAAGUCAGCGCAUCAAUCUUGUAUGGUGAAAUUUUACAAAACACGGUUUCAGAAAUUAAUAUAGAGGCCCGUUUACACUUUUUUUUUACAGAUUUUGCUAUUGAACACAAUACACUAUAUUACAUAAAAUUAGUUACAAAAUAGGCUACAUGGGAAUGUUCUGAGUAUGUAUACCCUCCUGUGGAUAUUCAUAACUUAUCCACUCGUUCACAUGCAUUAGAAGAAGAAAAUCGCAGCAAAAAUUGCAAGUGUAAACGGGCCUUAGAAAAAAUUGUCCGCUUAGGCCCGUUUCAUACGCCGUACUUCACAUGUGCCGAAUACAUUACAAACAAUAGAUAAUGAGGCAUUUCAGCUCAUUAUCUAUUGUCUUUAAUGUAUUCGGCACAUGUGAAGUACGGCGUAUGAAACGGGCCUUAUAGGCCUAGCUGUUCUAGGAAGCUUUGCACCAGAGUGGAAUGAAUUAUUGAAACCUCAUCUGACUUUUUUAAUUUAGGUUUUUCAAGCAAACACCGAUCGAAAUUCCAUCGUUACCCACUCAUUCAAAUAUCGUAUUCGUGCUCGGUACCUGCGUGUGUUGCCAAAAUCUUGGAGCAGUUGGCCUGUAAUGAGGCUCGAGCUUUACGGUUGUCGCCACUAGUUUACAUUCAAUUAAUACGUGCGUGCAUGCAUUGUUAUGUUACAGAGUAAUAAUUCCUAUAUAUGUAAUGCAUGGUUACUUUUUCUUUGUAAUAAGUUUUGUUAUUGUAAUGAUAAUAAAUUGAAACUUGGCCAACUAGCAUGCGUAAGUGUGUACUG